CCUUGCGUGCGUAGUGGCCUGUCAAAAAUGAAUGAAACAAAAGUCAUCUACCACAUAGAUGAAGAACAGACUCCCUACCUAGUAAAAAUUCCUAUUGGACCUGACAAAGUUACUCUGCUCGACUUCAAACAAGUUCUUAACAAACCAAACUAUAAAUUUUUUUUUAAGUCAGUUGACGAUGAUUUUGGUGUCGUUAAAGAGGAGAUUGCCGAUGAUGCGGCGCCUUUACCUUGUUUUAAUGGAAGGGUGGUCAGCUGGUUAGUCACAGCUGAAGGAUCAAACCAGAGUGAUAAUAAUUCAGAAGUGCCAGCAAGUGAGACUGAUUCUGUAAUGGGCAGAGAUCGGGUUGGUUUCAACCGAAAGCCAACUGGUGCUCUUUGCUAUAGAGCGGCUUCGGUCAUGUCCAGUGAUUUAGAUGCAACUAGUCUUGUUGACACUGAAAGUGAAAUAACUUUGGAUAGGGAUAUGACUGAGUGCUCAAGUGUUAGUCGAUUACAAUUAUCCAGAAAGAGACAAACGCAAAGAAGAAGAAAACGGCCCCCUACCUUAUCUCGAACUUCCUCAUACUCUUCAAUAACUGACUCCACUAUGAGCUUAAAUAUUAUAACAGUUUCUUUAAACAUGGAUACUGUUAACUUUUUGGGAAUUUCUAUAGUGGGGCAGUCAAACACAGGAGGUGAUGGCGGUAUAUAUGUAGGAAGCAUUAUGAAAGGAGGUGCGGUUGCAUUGGAUGGUCGUAUUGAGCCAGGUGACAUGAUUCUUCAAGUAAAUGAUAUUAAUUUCGAAAAUAUGAGUAAUGAUGAAGCAGUCCGUGUGUUGCGAGAGGCUGUUCAGAAAACAGUACCUAUAAAAUUAGUAGUUGCCAAAUGUUGGGACCCUCAGCCUAAAGGAUAUUUUACAAUACCCCGUACAGAACCUGUGCGUCCAAUUGAUCCUGGGGCAUGGGUGGCUCAUACUGCUGCUUUGAUAAGUCAUGAAAAUACUAUUCCUGAAUUAUCUGAAUCUCCAGAAUCACAAUUAAAUGUUAAUAUGGAUAUGUCAGAAGUUGUAAAAGUAAUGUCACGACCAGACAGCGGUCUGGAGAUAAGGGAUCGUUUGUGGUUAAAAAUAACAAUUCCACAUGCCUUUAUUGGUGCAGAUGUUGUAGAUUGGGUGCUUGCUCAUGUCCAAGGUUUAAAUGAUAGACGAGAUGCUAGAAAAUAUGUAUCACUAAUGCUCAGAAGGGGUCAUAUAAGACAUACAGUCAACAAACCAUCUUUCUCUGAACAAUGUUACUAUGUUUUAGGAGACCCCAGUUUGGUCCAUGAAAUGUCAGCAUUGAAUUUAGGUGAAAGUGAAAGUAUUAUCAGUGAUGUAACACCUCUUCCAAAUCCUCCUAUGUAUAUGCCUUAUUCUGGCAACUACACACCUUCCCAUGGAUAUCAGCCAAUUCAAUACAGCUGUGGAAAUCUAGAGCAAAGGGUCUUAAGUUCCGGAUCAAGCAGUUCUGAUGCUCUUACAACCAAAGACAUGGCAGCAUCACAAAGUGAUGUCACUUCUAUUCAACAAAACAUGUGUUCAGCAAGUCGUUCUUCAGACUCAUCCAAUAAACAAGAUCAGGAUAUGUUUCUAAGCUACCUGUGAGGUCAACUGAAAACAUUUAGAAAAUGAGCAUCAUACCAUUUUUUGUAAUGCAUGGAAGAUGAUUGUGAUUGAAUGUAAAUGAACAAUAUAAAUUAAAACAAUAGUAUCUGGAAAA